AUGGUCAGUAAGGAACCCAGCAAAUGCGCACUCACGACCUCGGCGAGUGAAGUGGAGCCUGCCGCCUGCCUGGCCCUGGAGAUGAAAUAUGCCCUGGAUCCCAACCGGCAGAUUAAGAAGCGUAAUAAAGCCCUGCAGGUGCGGUUUAAGGAUAUCUGCGAGGCACAGAACGAGCGGAGGGACACGCAGCUCUCCUCGGGACAGCUGGGCGACAAGCCGGCGUCCUACAGGGCCACCUACCGCAAAUACAUGACCGUGCCCGCUCGGAGGUCCAUCCCCAACGUCACCAAGAGCACAGGUGUGCAGACCUCGCCAGACCUUAAGAAGUGUUACCAGACUUUCCCUCUGGACCGCAAGAAAGGGAAUCUCAAAGGCAUCCCAGCCGCGGAUGCCUUUAAAAGCCAAAACAAUGGGUUUGUAAUUGAUGCGAAAGAGAAGAGUGAGGAAGGGCCCGGGGAGGAGUCCCGGCAGUGGGGCGCGGACCGGGUUCAGAAGGCGGCGGCACUGGUUUUCCACUCCGAUGAGCACGAGAACGCGCUGGACCAGCCCGCCGGGGUCAACGGCGCAGAGCCACGCAAAACCCCCGACCUGCACCGCUGCCGAGAUGCUCCUCUCCAGAACUCCACUCGUCCUCCCUCCCAAGAGCCCGAUGACCAGCUGCACGGGAAGGCAACGCACGACCGGGCGACCCCAGACGCCGAGGAACCCGCUGCAUCGGCCCACGGCAUGGUGUUUAAGACGGAGGUGGCCACCGUUUACGCACCUGCCCCUGGCGCUGGGGCCCCCGAGCUGGCCUUGUCGAACUCCGCCCCCUCGAGCGAGUGGUCCCUCUGCCCCGUGGCCGACCAGGAGCGGAGGAAGGCCUCACAGGCCAAUGGGCUCCAGGCCCCGCCGGGCGCCGCCCUGGCCUGCUCGCCGCCGAUGCAGUGCCUGUCUCCCGAAUGUAGUGAAGCGUCCCUGCAGACUCAGGCCCCCCCGGGGCAGGAGCACCAGCCUUGUCCGACAGCGCUCGCUGUGGGUGAAGAAUGCCAACAAAUCGUGCCUCAUACGGAAGUGGUCGAUCUGAAAGCACAGCUUCAGAUGAUGGAGAACUUAAUCAGUUCAAGCCAAGAAACCAUCAAAGUGCUCUUGGGGGUCAUUCAGGAGUUGGAAAAAGGAGAGGCCCAUCGGGAAGGGCUUUCAUAUCGGACUGGGCAAGACACAGCUAAUUGUGACACAUGCAGGAACAGUGCAUGUAUUAUCUAUAGUGUGGAGCUAGAUUUUAAGCAGCAAGAAGACAAACUCCAGCCAGUUCUGAGGAAACUCCAUCCUUUCGAGGAAACUCAGGUCGCACACUCGCCUUACUCUCAGGAGACUUACUCAACUCCCAAGCAAAAACCCAAAACUGAAUCUAAAAAGCACGGACGAUGGAAACUCUGGUUCCUUUAA